GAGUUAAGCAGAGGAGCACUUCAAACCGAGAACAGGAUGUGCUUCUUUACACCGAGGGUGGUGGGGGUGUGGAUCAAGCUGCCCGGCCCCGUUGUUGAAGCCGGUACCCUGGCUUCUCACAGGACGCAGCAGGGCGAAGACUGUUCAACGGGGACAGGAGACGCGUCUUUACACUGAGGGUGGUGGGAGAGUGGAACAAGCUGCCCGGCCGCGCUGCCCGGCCCUGGCUUCUUUCAGGAAGCAGCUGGGCUGAGGCGCUGGGGUCAGUUAACGGCCAUGAGACCGGCUGGACGGGUGGAACGACCUCACCUGCCCACUGCGGGCGUGAAACACCUUCCAGCCCGUGGGUGUGCCCGCUGUCUCUCUCACCCUCCUCCUCCUCCUCCUCUUCCUCUCCAGGAACUCCCCGUCUACACCGGCACCCCCUUCCCCAGCCUGCUCCACAUAGCCCGGCCGCCCGCCCCGGAGCUGGGGGCGCCCCGCUACACCCCCCAGCCCAUGCUCAACCCUGUCCGAAGGGGCUCGGGGCUCUACUGCGGCCUCCUGCCCCCCAGCCCUUACGGUCACCAGGAGAGCCUGGGGUCGGAGGAGCCAGGGUGCUACACGCAGUAUCCCCACGUCAACGUGGGUCCCGGGUUCCAGGCAGAGCUGCCGGACGUGCAGGAGCUGGGGGGCGCGGAGGAGGAGCUCCCCAGGGCGGAGCUGCUGUGGCAGCCCUGGCCCGAGCUGCAGGAGAGCGCCGCCCUGCAGGAACACGUGGACGCCGUGCUCAGCCUGUCCUGCUCCAGCGCCGUCCCGGGAGGGGGGACCAACCCCGAGCUGGCCCUGCACUGCCUGUCCCGCUGCCGGGGGGACAUUCUGGCCACUCUCGAGAUGCUGCUGCUGUCCACACCCCAGGCUCCCAGCAGUUACCAUUACUGCGGCAGCGACGUCUGGGGGCUCAGCGAGCGGCGGCUCUUCAACAAGGCGUUCGCCGCGCACAGCAAGGACUUCUCCCUGAUCCAGCGCGCGGUGAGGGCUCUUUUCCUCUGUUCGGGGGGGGGUUAGGAUAGCUGAUCAGAUCGAGCCUGGCUGCCUAUGGGAGGAGGAAGGAAACCAGAGCCCCCUCCCCCCCCCCAAAUCUCACAUGAACGCAGGAAGCACGUGCAAACUCCCCACAGACAGACCUGCUGCAAAAACACCUGCAGGCGGAGGAGGAGGGGAAUGCAGCUGCAGGUUUUUCAGUGAAUAUGAGCAGCCGCUGCUUCUCAGAAUGACUCUCAGACUGGUGAUGUCACUUUCUAAUUGCCCUU